AUGUUUGAAACAAAGGGAAGUCACACCGGUGUCGUGCUGGUACAGACUAUAGGUGGAUCCAGUAACUUGAGUGGGGAAUCAUAUCUUAUUGAACAACUCUUCAACAUGAAAUUCGCAUUGAAACAAUUAUCUCGUAUUCUUUUAGACUUGUCCAAGAAGGUUGCCUUUUCAGCUAGUACUACAGGUCAUGGAGUUAUCUCAAGCGGAAGUACACUAGCAUUUCCUGUGGUCAUCAAUAACGUUGAAGGUGGAUACGACCCAGGUACAGGAACCUUUACCAUCCCCACGGCCGGACAGUAUGUUUUCUAUAUCAGUGCCCAAGGGUAUAGCAGUGACACAUUGUAUGUAUCUAUCUUACAUAACGGAGGAGCGAAGGUGAUGACCAUGUCUGACGGGGGAAGACGUAAAGAUUUCUACGAUUCUGGAUCCAACCUGUUGACGCUGAAUCUCCAACAAGGAGACAGAGUGUGGGCAAUGUGUCAAAGUGGGUCAAAUUAUUACAGCGAAGGAAUACCCAUUACAACGUUUUCCGGUUUUCUAGUGUAAUUAAUCAGGCUAUGGUUUGCCUCUUUGUAUCC